AUGAAAGAGGCGUACGCGUACGUCAUAUAUACUUUAUCAACUGUGAUUUUGGUCAACACCGUACAAUGUUACCUCAUCGAGAAGUAUUCUUUAUUCAUGCCGAAUGUGACCCCGAACGUGCCGGAGUUGUACCUUUGUACUCCGAUCAAGAUCGACUCUUCCAAGGAAUAUUAUAUCGUGGGUUUCGAGCCAAAUGCUACGAUGUCCACUGCACAUCACAUGAUUCUUUAUGGUUGUACUAAGCCUGGGACCUCGAGAGAGGUGUGGAACUGCGGAGAAAUGGCACGGAGCAAGCAUAGCUUUGGAGAGACUGCGAGUCCAUGUGCGGAAGGAUCGGAGAUUCUGUAUGCUUGGGCAAGGGAUGCCCCGAGGCUGAAUCUUCCGGAUGGCGUAGGUUUCAAAGUCGGUGGCAAAUCUCAGAUUAAGUACUUGGUGCUGCAAGUUCACUAUGCGCACAUAGAACGCUUUAAAGAUGGGAGUACCGAUGAUUCCGGGGUAUUUCUGCAUUACACGACGCAUCCUCUUAGCAAAUUAGCUGGAGUGCUCCUGCUCGGCACGUCAGGUCUUAUUCCACCGCAUCAAGUCGAGUAUAUGGAGUCCGCCUGCAUGAUGAAAGAGAACAAAACUAUUUAUCCAUUCGCGUACAGAGUUCACACUCACUCGUUGGGGAAAAUAGUGUCUGGGUAUAUAAUUAAACCUGGCAAUCAAUGGAUCGAACUUGGAAAAAGGGAUCCUCUGGAACCACAGAUGUUUUACCCAGUGCAUAAUAAGGUUGCGGGCAAAAUGGGCGAUAUAUUUGCAGCACGGUGCACCAUGGAAAGCAACCGUCCGACCAUGACCUAUGUGGGAGCUACGAAUCAAGAUGAAAUGUGCAACUUUUAUCUUUUAUACUAUGUCGACCACGAAGAGCCAUUGGAAAUGAAGUACUGUUUUACCAGAGGUCCUCCAUCGUAUUACUGGACCGACGCAGGUCUCUUUAAUAUUCCUGACAGGGAAGCCUCUACUUUAUAAUACGUACCAUCCAUGUUCAGAGAAUCUUUCAACAAUUAAUUUUGUUUAGAUUGUUUAACAGAAACGAAAUGACGUAUGAUUAGAUUACAGCUCGAAGUGGCAUAUAGCAGAUUCACACAAAAAAAAAUUAGUCUGUGAUGGAUAUCGAGGCGAUUUAAUGAAAGUGAGAAAAGCUAUUAUAACUCGGAGGGAACAUUUUACUGAAUCUGGAAAAGUAUAUUACGGAUUAUUGUAUUUUUCCUCUAUACUCUUCCUUGUUCAUUGCUUUGAAAAAUUCUUUAUUAUCGGAGAAAGGAUAUAUAUCACUUUUGGGAUUUUACAGCCCAGAACUUGUUCCGAUCUCUUAAUAACAGACUUGGGGAUCUGAUGUCAAAGCUUUUCCAAAUCUCUAAGAGCUUCUUCCUAAUUUCUAAAAGAGAUGUUCCUUGAAAUCGAGCUGUACCUUGUAUCUGACUAUUUUAACGUGAGGUCAUUGUCGAGAUUUCUUAGAGUGCUUUAGUGAGAAAACGAUUAAGUUAUUGCUGUUUUAUAUUUAGCUUCCCUUGGAUACUAUUUACAAUUUUAGUCGUCGUGUCGAAAGUUUGCAAAGUCGGUCCCCUUUUAUUUCCCUUAGCUAAUGUACUUACCCCCAUUCUUUGCGACUCUUUGAACACGAUGAAAGUGACACGGAAUGAAGUAUUAUUAAAAAGAAGUAGUACCUAUAGAAACUCGACCAAGCUGAGAAAUGCGAGAACCAAAUCGCGUACUAAUGACAUGGUGUUUAGCUUAAGAUAAUGCGAUAGUAUUGCUUUACCGAUUAUUAACUAAAUUUAAUAUAACUUAAGGGUGAAAAAAAAAAAUCAAUUUUCCCACAUAUGAAUUUUUAUCGUCAAUACACAUGUGUAUAUUUUUUUUAAUUAGCGUAACUUUUGCAAGUUUGCAAGUGCUUCAGAGAUUAAAAUUAUUCGGUGCAUUAAUUAUUAAUUAUGGAGAAGUGGAAUAUUUAAUGAGAGUCGGUGAAGCAAUCCUUUCGCAGGACCUUUAUGCCCACCGCAACCUAUUCUACGUAAGGACUAAUUUAAGUUACAGGGUACUUAGUUAAUUGUGAUUUUUCUAGUGCAAUAUUUCGCCCAGCCGCGUGAUACGUACUUAGCAUCGUUAACAGUACAACAUUAUUUAUAAUACCUUACGAGAUAAUUUAACGAGGACACGUACCGGUGCACCGAGCCUAAAUCAACGAUUCUCCCGAUAAUUUUAUUUCACUCCGUCGACGAUCAAGUGACCUGCAUUUUGUACACUAAUUACCUCAGGACUUUUAGUGAUACCGACCAUAUUCAUUCCAGUAGUUUUAAUGAUUCCAGUAACUUUAAGUCGAGCGAUUAUCUCUGAGCGUAGAUUCUUCGACGGUUCCUAAUUAAUGUGUUUAAAUUAAUCAUACCGUAAAACUUACCGACUCGAUAAGUUUUUUUUUUUCACCUGUGAGCGGAACUCGAUUAAUCUCCGAUUAACGUUCACCCGACAAUUUUGGAAUUACUCAGUAUAUAAAAAUGUUUCGAUAUACACACGUUUUUAAUAUUGGCAUGAAAAUAGUUUUACGAAAUGCAAGAGACUUUGAUUGUAAAAAAUGGAUUAAUUGUAGAGAAAGAAAAAAAAAUGGAGUUUUUUCUCAUCUCUCUAUAAGGUACCGUUAAUUAUGCGUAUUAUAUAAUAUAUAUAUAUAUAACAAGUUCUGUUUGUGCGUCUCGAGAAUUUAUAUACAUAUAUAUGUAUACAGAAAGAUACAUGUUUUAAUCCGGUGCUGUCGAUAUCUUGUAAAUGUGCGUUCCUAUCGUGACAAUUCGCGUCGUUGAAGCAGAUAAAAGAGAUAUAUACAUGUAACGACAUACGAUUACGUAAAUUAAUCGAAUCGUCCAAUUCCCAAGUGAACCAAUCCGCUCUGGGAGUUUUAAUCUCGCAGUAAUCGUGUAUAGAAAUUUGCUAUCAUAUCGUAGAUGUCAUCCGAGAUGUAUGAGAUAUUUUGACGAGCCGAAGAGGAUUGUCCUCAUAUUUUCGAAACUCUAGGGGGAUCUUACCAGAAACCUGGUCUGUCACGCACGUGUUGAGAAACUGUCACUAUGUGUGUGUACUAAAUAUUAAAUAAAAGCACUUAUACACUA